GCACCUUCCGGCAGGUUUUUAAAUUUGACUCAUUCUAGAGGGUCAAAUUACCUACUCACAGUUUUGAUUUUAAAUUUGUCUUAACUUUUAACAUGUAUAGUUGCUGAUUGUUUCCUAAAUGUGCAUGCAUUUUGCGUUCUUUCUUGAUCGUCGAUUUACCUUUUAUUUCGUUCUUUUCUCUAUCUUUUUUACUGUAUUCUGCAUGUUUCCUCUAGUACAAAGAACAAAGUAGAUUCUAGCGAAAAACAAAUCUCUGCAUGCACGUAACUUACUAAAAGCUUCACACUUUCAAUCCCUGAAUUCUAGUGGCAACUUGUAAUAAUAUUGCACUUAUAGUCAUCCUAGAAGUAACAUUACUUACUUACUUAUGCCUGUUACUCCAAAUGAGUUAUAGACCACCCAGAAGUAAUAGUGUUACUUGAUUGAUUGAAACUGUUCAUAAGGUCGACAUCAAGUCAGCAUUUGUAAUGUUAUACAGAAACCUUCAAGGACAUAUACUAAGGUUUAUUGAAGCCUUGUCUAUACGGAAACUGUGACCCCCUUUAUGCGUUCAAAAACAAUUUCUCUAUAUACUUAACCUAUCCUAGUAGUACUGAUCUACUAUCCAGAGUGGUAAUCAUGUUGUUUUUGUGUACUUUAAUACUUUUUUCUUUAUUACGACUUACCUUUAACCUAUCUAGUUGACCUUUUAAUUUUCUUAUCGAAAUGUCUUAAAUAGUAUAAGUGUGGUCAGAUUGUUCGAAAUGUAUUGCGCUUACUGAGUUGUCAGCUCACUUUUCUCCUGUUUCUUUCUCUUCCAAAUUCUCUUACAUACUGUUACCCACACUCCGCCAGCCGACAAGAUACCUUUAGGCUAAGCGCAGACCGAUCAAAGGCUGAACGUUAUAUGCAACUAUGGAACAUCCUCCGCCAGCUCUUCCAUUUUAUCCUCUUGCAAACCCAAAAGGUGAAGAACAUAGCUGUGAAGUAUGCUCUAAACCAGCCUACUUACAAUGUGGGGUGUGCCGGAUCACGUAUUAUUGGUUUGACCAUUAACAUAUGAAUGCAUUAUAUUUCUAGUGGAAUAGAGCAUCAAAAAAUUGAUUGGGUAGGAAUCCACAAAAAGAUAUGUCUGGAUUUAAUAACCUUUCGAGAAUCUAAGGGAUUUGUAUCAAAGGACAAGCGUGAGAAGAAAAACGAAGAACUUCAAAACAAAAAUAUUUAUUUGGUCCGGCUCACUCAACUGGAGGCUCAGAAACUUUUGUUUAAGGGAAAAUCAGAGGAAGCCCUACCUGCUGCUUUACAGUAUUUGAGGUUUGCAGUGCGUGCAUAUGGAAUAGCUUGUGUUGAAUUAGUAUCACCCUAUCUAGUUCUUGCAGAAUCAUGUAUUGGUCUUGGAAAACUGAAUCAAGCUGAGACUUACCUCGCACAAGCUCAGUGGAUAGUACUUAAAGCACAACAUGAAUGCUCAAAUAAUAUACAAUCACAGUUACAUCGUAAACUUGGUUUGUUAUAUGCUGCUAAAGGUAAUUAUAAACUAGCAUUGGCGAGUUUGGCGAAAGAUAUAUUUUAUGCAUCCCUUGAAUAUGGCACCGAUCAUAUUCGUACAGCUGGUGGUUAUUUUCAAAUGGCUGAAGUGUUUCAUGCAAUGUACAAAGACGAUGGCAACAAAGGUUCCCUUGAUCAAGACUUUACAGAAAAGUCAACUGAAUUUGUCUAUCUUUCGGUUACGCCGGAAAUUCCAGAAAUAAUUAAACAAAAUAAGUCUUACGGUCCAUUGAUUUAUGAGAGAGAAACGAAAUCAAACGACAGUUUUUCAACAAACCCAGAUUUUUGCAUUCAACCGCCUUCAUCAAAAGCUAAAGUGGUUGACAAUCUGUAUUCACGUGUAGUUAAUAUAUGGGCCAGAUAUCUAAAGGAAUUAGUAGAAAGCUUGUUAUUCAAACCUGUAUCCUCUGAAGACAUUGGUGCUAUUAUGGUGGAGACUACUCAAGAAGCUAAACAAACCCUAGAUGAUGCACAAAAAGCUGAAGCUGAAAAAAUGCUGUACGCAAUCGAGAAAUAUCAUAAUCAGCGCAUCAAUGGAAAUGAGUCCAAUGCAAUUACUUGUAAUUCAGCCAAGCCAGAUCCAAAAGUUCAAUUGUAUUUGACUUUGUCAAUGCUAAACUAUAUUUUGGAAAGAAAGCAAGAAUCUAUACAAUAUUUAAUCAAAGCCAAAGUUGCAGCUGAAUUUAUGGUAGAACAUCCAAAAAUCACUGUGAAUAUCAAUUUGAUGGAACGUGCCUUAAGUGAAAAAAAAAUUCAACAAGUUGCAUAAAAAUUAUUUCAGACAUAAUUGCUGUUUCUUCUUCUCUUCAUGAUUAAUUUUCUGGACAGAAAUAAGAGAAUAUUUUUCUUUUCCUAUUUUUUUCUACACCGCUUAGAAUCAAUAAAUAAUGUAAUUUAAACGUCAGCGAAAUUCACGAAAUAAAAUGAUACUUUAAGAUUGUGGAGAUUUGUAACUCAGGUGGAUAAUUUAGGUGAAGUUUUGUUUUCUGAGCUAGAUGGAUUGGUUGUAGAGAUUUCACUGUUCUUCUGAACAACAUUAACACAAACUUCAGGUACAAGUAAAGUGUUUGAAUUUCUCCACAUAUGAUUCACAGUUUAUUCUGACAUUUCUACUUGAAGUUUGUACUGAUUACGUUGUUGAUGGUAUCACUUUCAGAAUGGAAGCGAAAAUUGAUAACCAGAUCAGGUUUUUCUCGCAGUAUACUACUUGAUUAGUCUUCGAAUGUAACUCUAGA